CGUGAUGUGAGUUGGGUUUCUGUGCUGCACUUCCUACGUCAUCGAGAAUGUGAGGUGGUGGAUGCAGUGUCCAGUUUGGUCGGUGGCAGUGGCAACUUUUAUCUCCAAAUUGUGUUUUCAGGUGGCAUGGAAGACGCAACAGAAUCAUGGAUUUUCCAGGACACUUCGAGCAAGUCUUUCAGCAGCUAAACUACCAGAGGCUUCAUGACCAACUUUGUGACUGUGUCAUUGUGGUGGGAAACAGACAUUUCAAAGCCCAUCGCUCUGUUCUGGCAGCAUGUAGCACACACUUCCGUGCUCUCUUUACUGUAGCAGAGGGUGAUCAAACUAUGAACAUGAUUCAGCUGGACAGUGAAGUGGUGACAGCAGAAGCUUUUGCUGCCCUGAUUGAUAUGAUGUACACUUCUACACUAAUGCUUGGGGAGAGCAAUGUAAUGGAUGUCUUGCUGGCUGCUUCUCACUUACAUUUGAACUCUGUUGUUAAAGCGUGUAAACACUACCUUACUACCAGGACGCUACCAAUGUCUCCACCUAGUGGUAGAGUUCAGGAGCAAAAUGCACGCAUCCAAAGAUCUUUCAUGCUUCAGCAGCUUGGGCUGAGCAUUGUGAGCUCUGCGUUAAAUUCCACUCAGAGCACAGAGGAACAACUAAAUACCAUGAGCUCAUCGAUCAGAAGUAACAUAGAACAACGUACUACCUUUCCUAUCCGGCGUCUCCACAAGCGUAAACAGUCUUCUGAUGAUCGGGCCAGACAGCGAAUCAGACCUACCGUAGAUGAGUCCAUUUCAGAUGUUACUCCAGAGAGUGGGCAGUCAGUAGUUCAUUCACAAGAAGACUUUUAUUCACCAGAUUCACUGAAGAAUGUGGACAAUUCUAAGGCUGAUGCUGUUACUGAUAAACAAGUGGAUAAUACUAUUAUGUUUGAUCAGUCUUUUGGUGCUCAAGAAGAUGCUCAAGUGCCCAGCCAGUCAGACAACAGUGGAGGAAACAUUUCACAAAUAUCCAUCUCAUCUCAGGUUAUACAAGUGGAAACCAGUUUUGAUCAGGAAGCUACUUCUGAAAAAAACAACUUCCCGUGCAAAAAUCUGGAGGCCAGUCUAAAUGAAAAAGAACACACGGGGGUGGUGGUUAAAUCUGAGCCUUUGAGUUCCCCAGAGCCUCAAGAUGAAGUGAGCGAUGUCACUUCUCAAGCAGAAGGCAGUGAGUCUGUUGAAGUGGAAGGAGGAGCGGUGAGCGCAGAGAAGAUAGAACUGAGUCCUGAAAGCAGUGAUCGUAGCUUUUCUGACCCACAGUCUAGUACUGAUAGGGUGGGAGACAUCCAUAUUAUGGAAGUGUCAAAUAACCUGGAACACAAGUCCACUUUCAGUAUCUCAAAUUUUCUGAAUAAAAGCAGAGGUGGUAACUUUGGUGCAAGUCAAAAUAGCAAUGAUAACAUUCUGAAUACAACAAGGGACUGCAGAAUGGAUGGUGAUGCCUCUUACCUACUGAGUCCAGAGUCUGGGCCUGCUAGUAGUCAUUCCUCUGUUACAGUUUGUCAUGUAGAGAAUCCAUUCAGUGAGUCUGCAGACUCUCAUUUUGUUAGACCAAUGCAGGAUGCAAUGGCUCUUCCAUGUGUACAGACUUCUGGGUACAGGGCUGCAGAACAAUUUGGUAUGGAUUUUCCAAGGUCAGGCUUGGGCCUGCACUCUUCAUCAAGGACAGUGAUGGGAUCUGUAAGAGGUGGAGCUAGUAGCUUUCCUGGCUAUCGUCGCAUAGCCCCCAAAAUGCCUGUUGUGACCUCUGUCAGGAGCUCCCAGCUACAAGAUAAUGCUUCCAGUUCCCAGCUGUUAAUCAAUGGGACCACUUCUUUUGAAAAUGGACAUCCUUCACAACCUGGUCCACCGCAGUUGACAAGGGCAUCUGCAGAUGUUCUUUCAAAAUGUAAGAAGGCCUUAUCUGAACAUAAUGUCUUGGUUGUUGAAGGUGCUCGUAAAUAUGCCUGUAAGAUCUGCUGCAAGACUUUUUUGACCCUAACAGACUGUAAGAAGCACAUUCGUGUGCAUACAGGAGAAAAGCCUUAUGCUUGUUUAAAGUGUGGCAAACGGUUCAGCCAGUCCAGCCAUCUAUAUAAACACUCCAAAACAACUUGUCUGAGGUGGCAGAGUGGCAAUCUACCUAGCACUUUGCUUUAAUCUCCCCCACUCCCUAGCCCCAUGGGAAUGCUAAUACAAACUUUUAAGACUGGAGUAUUUCAGGAACACUAAUGUUCUUUCGUUCAAGGCUGAAGGUUAAGAAGCUGCCCUUGUAGAUAACAAUGCUUGCAUGUGAUUGUGCUGCAUUCACAAAAGUCUUGGUUCUGUAAAUUGGUGAUAAUGCCAUAUUUACCUCACAGGGGUGUUGUGAGACUUAAAAAACUGUUAGUGAACUGCUUUGAGAUCUUCAGAAGGAGGCACUUUAGACAGGUUAAGCAUUAUUGUUAAAUACAUGCAGGUCUUGGGCUCACAGGGAUGUAAUCCCUAAAACCAAGUAGUUCCACCAUAGGGCAGACAGGUGGGGGUUUAGUGAGAAUGUAGUUAACUCCUAAUUAUGUUGGAGUAGCAUGUUUCAAGAAUGAAAAAAUGAAGGGCAGAUAGAUAAUUUUUUUUUGAGGAGAGGGAUUUUGUAAAAUUCUGAAAACAUUUAAAUAAAUGACCCAUAACAUAAGUUGGCAAGUUGUGUAUGAACAGUAAUGCAAAGAGAUCUUUACAGUAACUAAUACAGUUUGCAUAUUCUUAAAAGAAAACCAACCUUGGAUGCACCUGUCUGCCAUAAAAUGCUUUAAAAUGUUAAUUAUGAAAAUAGUUUUAGGGUUCUGAAUGCAGUUUUGGCUGUUUUGCAGUAAGGGACAGUGUGUUAUGAAGGUACUUAAAAUAAGUCCACAACAAGUAACUUCUGGACUGUUAGAUGUGUAUAUAAAUACUUUGAAUACAGCAAGAUCUGGUUGUUUCACCAUUUUUUUCCAUGAAAACUUGUAUUGAGUAAUAAGUGAAAUACUGUUUCUUGUUUGUGCUAUUCUUAGCAAUAUUUUAACCAACUCGUAUUUCAUAUGUUUAAAUUUCAUAGACAUGGAAGCCUGAAAUGAGCUUGUCUAUAUCUACUUUGCUUUUUUAAAAUGAGAGAUGAUUUGUGGUGGCUCUUUUUACCGGGUAAGGUAGUUUCUUACUCCAGAUGUAGAUAGUCAAUCUGAUUCACAUUAUUGUGUAAGCAUACUAUCGUUUCCUUAUUUUAUCUUCAGGCUUUAAUUUCUUCCUCCAUAUACUUACUGUCCUUCCUAACUAUAGAUUGUUCCUCAGAUCAAUGUCAGGAAUGAGCCUCACUUGCCAUAUUUAUGGAUGUCUCUGUAUAAAAUGUAGCUAUCAACACCAAUCCUUCAGUUUAGAGUAGUAUCAUAAAUGUACUUUUUCAAGUAAGUAAAAAUCUAGCAAAUUUUAUUAAAAAUAUAGCAUUAUACACUUUGUAAAGCAGAAGUUCAUCAAUCUUUAUUCUUCAUAUGAAUCAUAUAGACUGUGUUUUAAUUUCCUCUUCUUAGAAACCACUGUAACUAAUAAUGUUUGCAGGGGUUUUUUUGUUUUCUUUUUGUUACAGAUGCCCAUGAACUAACUACUGCCUUUCAAUAUAUUAGGUUUCUAAAUAAAUUUUGGAGUACUUAUACUGAUAAAUGUUACUCUGCUAUGUGGGAGCUGGGUCAGUGCUUCAGCAUGUCAGUUCUACCUAGAACAGACAGAUAUUUAACAUUUUCUAUAUCUAAGUCACAUAGCAGUUGCUGAUUUUAAUAUAAAAAUGUACUUGCGAACUUCCCCUCUUUGUUCUGUAUAGCAAAUAUAUCCUGUGUGAUGUUAUUGACCAAUUUUGAGGAACUUUUGCUAUAUGAUAGACAGGUUAGCCUUCUGAAUGAUCUUGGAUUUAUAUUUAGGUAAACUGAAAAGAAAAUCCUAAUUCACAGUGCUGUAACUAAUUUUAACUGGAUCAACAAUCCAAAGUAUUGAAGCACCAAACCAAAAUGUGCAUUGUCGAACCAAAGGAAAUAUGGAACUCUCCCUACAUGUGUCUUUAUAUGAAACAGUAGUUCGCUAAUAAAGAAAUACAGCUUCAUCUCCUCUAACCACACUUCUCCAUCUUGGAAAAACUGCCUAAUGUCUGUCAAUACUUUAUUUGCAGCUUGAGCAUCCAAGGUAAAUAAGAAUGUGGAACUAUGGUGAAUGGCAUGAUUAAAUCCUUUAGUAUGUUAAAAUAUCACUAUAGGUUUUAUUUAGUGGUCACAUUUCUGGAUCUUUAUUUUUAAAGCAUUAAAGAAAUUUGUCAUACUUACAGAAAGCAGUAGGAAAGAGCACAUUUUGUUCGAUAAUCAUAUUGAUAUCAGGGUCUAAUGACAUUGAGCCUCAACAAUAAGAUACAGUAUUUUCUACUUAAUUAUCUUGCUUGUGUGUUGCCUUAUUAGUGACAUCCUGCCUAUUUUUUCCAUCUUCCUUGCCUUUCUAGUGUUUCCCUUAAAAUUAAUUUUAUCUGUAUUUUCUAUCUGCUUUCAUAUGCUACAUUGCACCUGAAACCCUACCAUGUUUAACUGUACUUUUUGACUAGCCAGAGGUUGUAAGGGAGGACUUAGUUUUAAAAAAAAAAAUAAUAAUUUUUUUUUGCAAGUAGCAAUUUUUAAUUUUCGUCAUUCAUUGAUUCUAGUGUUCCUGGAGGGGCAUACUGAAAACCCAGGAACUUGUGUCUGACUGCUCUUGCUUUCUUGGUCUUUCACUAUCAUAGAUUCACAGAACAUUUGGGUUGGAAGGGACCUCAGGAGGUCUCUAGUCCAAUAUCCUGCUCAAAACAGGGUCAGCUAUGAGGUCAGACCAGGUUGCUCAGGCUUUGUGCAGUCAGGGCUUGAAAAACCUCCAAGAACAGAACUCCCACAACCUCUCUUGGCCCCUGUUCCACUGCUUGACUGUCCUCAUAGUGAAAAAGUUUUUCCUCAUAUCCAGUCUGAACAUCUCUUGUUUCAACUUUAUGCCUGUUGUUUCUCAUCCUCCCACUAUGCACCACUGUGAAGAGCCUGGCUCCAUCUUCUUGUUGAUCUCCUUGUAUGUAUUGGAAGGCUGCUACUAGGCCCCCCAAAGCCUUUUUGUCUCCAAGCUGAACAAGCCCAUUUCUCUCAGCCUCUCCUUAUGGGGCAUUUGCUCUAGCUCCCUGCACGUCUUGGUGGCUGUACUGGGUCUGGCUGGGAUGGAGUUAACUUUCUUCAUAGCAGCCCAUAUGGUGGUGUGCUUUGCAUUUGUGGCUGAAACAGUAUUGAUAACAUGCCAAUGUUUUGGCUAUUGCUGAACAAGUGCUUGCAGGAUGUUUGGCUGCUGGCCAGGGUCAACCUGCCCCAGUGGCCUUCCACUGAAUUUGCUCCAUUUUGUUGAUCUCUUUCCUAUAUUGGGGGCCCAAAACUGGAUGCAAUAUUCUAGAUGUGGUCUAAUGAGUGCCAAGUAAAGGGAGAUGACCACUUCCCUGGAUCUGUUGGCUAUGUUCCUGUUAAUACAGCCCAGGAUGCUGUUAGCUGCCUUGGCAUACUGCUGGCUCAUGUUCAGCUUGCUUUCUACCACAGUCCCCAGCCCUUUACAACAGAGCUGCUUCCCAGCCAGUCUGUCCCCAGCCUGUAUAGUUGCAAGGGAUUUUUUUCCUUCAUGGGGCCAGAGUUUGGCAUUUGUCCUUGUUGAGUUUUAUAAGGUUCUUCCUUUUGGCCCAUUCCUCCAGCUUGUCUUGGCCUCUCUGAAUGGCAGCCCUGCCCUAGCAUAUCAACUGAUGCCCUAAUUCGGUGUCAUUUAUAAACUUGAUGAGAGUGCACUCACCUCCUCCAGGUCAUUGAAGAAGAUGCUAAACAGGAAAGUUCCCAGGAUACACCCUUGCAGUACCUGACUUGUAACCAGCCUCCAGGUAAAGUAAGACCCAUUAACCACUACCCUCUGAGCCCAACCAUCCAACCAGUUUUUUACUCCUCUAGUUGUCUACCCAUCCAGAGUCUAUUUUCCCAACUUGGAUACAAGAAUAUUGUGGGAGACAGUAUUGAAAGCCUUGCUGGAGUUGAGCUAAAUGACAUCCAGUGCUCUCCCCUCAUCCACAAAUCCAGCCAUUUUAUCAUAGAAGACAAUCAGGUUGAUUAAGCAUGAUGGCCUCUUGGUAAAUCCAUGCUGGUUAUUCCCAAUUACCACCACCUGACUCAUGUGCCUGGAAAUGUGUUCCAAGAGGACAUGUUUCAUUAUUUUCU